UCCCACCCGCACUCGAUGAGAGAGAGAGAGAGAAGUUGCACAGUAGCGCCCGCACGGUUACAAUGCAAGUAGUGAUGAAAAGCCCAUCUCAUCUCUGAUAUACAAAUUCCCCUCAGGGCUCAAGCAUGCACAUCCAAUAUAUCACCAAGUCCUCCUAAUUCAAUGGCCUCGCAAGGUGGAAUUCGUGUCGGAUUCACGAAAUCCUCGAAAGAUUCGACGAAUUAAAAUGCGUCUUGGGGGAUUCACGCUGCUUCCACCUCAAUCGAGUCGGCCUGGAGAGUGGAGACCAGCAGCAAGAUAGUUGCAGGUUCUCAUCAGUCCAUAUUUCGCUGCUCGUGAUGACACAUCACAUGUAGCCCCUUUGAAACUUGAAAUCUUAUGUUGCUUAGUUUUUGGUUCGGUUCUUGGAUCAAACAUGAAUGCGUUAGCAGCAACAAAUAGAAACUUUAAGUUGGCAGCACGCCUUUUGGGGUUGGAUUCCAAGCUCGAAAAAAGUUUACUCAUUCCUUUCAGGGAGAUUAAGGUUGAAUGCACCAUACCCAAAGAUGAUGGUAGUUUGGCAUCAUUUGUUGGAUUUAGGGUUCAACACGAUAAUGCUAGAGGCCCAAUGAAAGGAGGAAUUAGAUACCAUCCAGAGGUUGAUCCUGAUGAGGUGAAUGCUCUAGCACAACUAAUGACCUGGAAGACAGCCGUAGCAAACAUUCCAUAUGGUGGUGCUAAAGGGGGUAUAGGGUGUGAUCCAGGAAAAUUAAACAUCUCCGAGCUAGAGCGUCUUACUAGAGUCUUCACACAGAAGAUACACGAUCUAAUUGGAGUCCAUACAGAUGUUCCAGCACCUGAUAUGGGGACGAAUCCCCAGACAAUGGCAUGGAUAUUGGAUGAGUACUCAAAAUUUCAUGGCUACUCACCUGCUGUUGUGACUGGAAAACCUGUUGAUCUUGGUGGAUCUUUAGGAAGAGAUGCAGCUACAGGAAGGGGAGUACUUUUUGCAACACGGGCUCUGCUUCAAGAAUAUGGAAACAGCAUCUCCAACCAACGAUUUGUUAUACAGGGGUUCGGAAAUGUUGGUUCCUGGGCAGCCCAACUUAUCAAUGAAAAUGGUGGGAAGAUUGUUGCAGUAAGUGACAUCACUGGAGCCAUAAAGCAUAGCAAUGGAAUAGACAUAUCAAGAUUACUUAAACAUUCCAAAGAGAACCGAGGAAUUAAAGGUUUCAGUGGUGGAGACCCCAUUGAUCCAAAGACAAUACUGGUUGAGGAUUGUGAUGUUCUUAUUCCUGCAGCCCUUGGUGGCGUUAUCAAUAGGGAAAAUGCAAAUGAGAUAAAAGCCAAGUUUAUCAUUGAGGCUGCCAACCAUCCAACUGAUCCAGAAGCUGAUGAGAUCUUAUCAAAGAAAGGUGUUGUCAUACUUCCAGACAUUUAUGCCAACUCAGGUGGAGUCACUGUGAGUUAUUUCGAAUGGGUUCAGAACAUUCAAGGGUUUAUGUGGGAUGAAGAAAAGGUGAAUAAUGAACUUGAGACAUACAUGAUGAAAGGAUUUAAAGAUGUCAAGGACAUGUGCAAGACUCACAAUUGUGAUCUCCGGAUGGGAGCCUUCACCUUAGGAGUCAACCGGGUUGCUCGUGCAACUGUUCUUAGAGGUUGGGGAGCCUGAGAUGGAGUAGUGCAAAAGAUCAAGAUGAAGAGAUGGUGGUCCUUCGCUCGCAAAGCAUUCCUCUUGUCCACCAGUAACUUUUUUAAGAUUUUUUUUUUUUUUCCUGCUGAGUGCUUUUGAAGGAAGAUGUGUUGAUGAUUGCACGCUUUUAAUUUAGGUGUUCAAGUAUAUUCAACAACUUAAUUUAGCAUACCACAGCAUUUCCGUAAGUAGCAUGAACUGUUUUGAGUAUGUGUAGUAUGGGAGAGGGUUCUCUGAACAAGCGCCGUAGAGGAACACACCAAUAAAGUGCAGUAAAAUAGUAUCUUGCAUUGGAG